GGGAAUCGCAUCUGAUGAGAAACUGUCUUUUCAACUGUCAUUUGUAGAAGGAAUACAUAAAGAUUCGCAACAGUAUUUUUUCUCUUUAUCAUUAGAAAUGAGGAGGAUGAUGUUUCAUAUGGAUAUUUACCCUAUACUGACGUUCACCGCCAUGAUGCUUUGCGCCGAAAGUGUCCUGGAGCUGCCACUUCCUGAACUAUCGCCGCUGGUGAUGCAGGAGUAUCUCAUAAUUUCUGUGCCAACAUUUUAUCAGUGUUUGGAGCUGUGUGUUGCCUUCAAAUUAUGCCGACAUUUACAAUUCAUUGAAAGCACGAGUAGUUGCGAGUUGAACUCUGACGAACAUGACAGACAGAGCCUAUGGACAACAGGAUAUAGGUACAAGUCAAUGAAGAAGACUUCUAUUCCUCAGGGUAUUGGUGGUGCAUGUAGAGGACACACCUGUGCUAUCGAUGAGAUGUGUGUUCAGGCCGGACAAGCGUAUUUCUGUGUCAAGCACGGCUACACUACCAUGAAAUGCCCGGAACAAUGGGGACAUAUAGGGGAUGUAUGUUUCACUGUGUCAGUUGAGCAAAAAACAUGGAAAGAAGCUAAGGAUUUUUGUGAAAGUACUGGAGCUGAACUACUGACUUUUGGAACGAAAAGAGGAAAUGGCAGAUCGUACAUAUGUAAUAUAUUACCGCGUGCUUAGUUCUUUCGCUAGAGGUGCCCCUCCGAACGGGAAGAUCUGGACAGGGCUGGAUUACUCACAAAAUCUGCCACGGUGGAUGCGCAUAGAUCCCUUUACGACAAACGUCAGUGAUCCAUGCAUAGGUUUGGCUUAUACCAAGGAAUACCUGGAAACCCAGGGAUAUACUUUGGAAUCCCUUGAAGCUGUCGACUGCAAUGAAAAGAAUGGCUUUGCUUGUCAACAUAGGGCCCCCGAAAACUGGCCAUGAAUUUAUUGAGUUGAACAGAAUGCAUGGAUGCAUGGAAGGUGAAUUUUCAUUCCAAAUGCAAACACCAAGAUUGAAAAAAGUUAUUUCUUACAAGAUUUUAAUCAGUGGUGUUGCUAAGGUUAAAAUGAUCAAAAUAUUAUUGUUGUUUGUUCAUUAUUGAAGAAAAAAACCAUAUACUCCACCAAUGAAAUGUUUUAUAAAGUUGCAAUCUCUGAUCAUCCGUAUUAGUAUUUAAAUUUUAUUUCCAUCUUCGUAUUCAUUUCAUCGUGAAACGGAUUUGUCAAUUCGCUCAAUUUAGAUGUUUGGCUAUUUACCACUGUGACACCUUAGUAGUUUAUAAAGGCGGAAUAGUAAACAUAUCUAGAUGUUUCUGACUGGUUGUCUGUUGGCCUCGACCUUGAGUGUUCGAACCUCGAAAAGGACAUAUAUAAGAUUAUCUUACUUUGACAUUUGUGUUUAUGCUUGUGUUUGGUUAUAUUAAAAUAACGUAUUCUUUA